AUGGUGGCGGAUGUGAUGCGUCAGAGUCAGUUAUCUACAUCAUUCCCGAUGUUUCCAUCUAUUGCAAUAGUUCCACGAUACCCACCAAAAGUCAAAGAAUAUCAGAAGAAAAUAUAUUACUGUCAACGGUGCCUCAAUCAUAAUAAUCCGAGGCCUCGGAAAAAUCAUAAAUGUGAAUGUCCCUAUGCAGACUGUACAUGUGAAAAAUGCCAAUUGGUUGAGAAGCGGCGAAUCUUGAAUAUCCGACUUCAGAACUACAAUACGCCCAAUGAAAAUCCAAUUGAGAGUGAUUUCGAUAGCAGCCUUUCAAUAGAUGACGAUGAUGAUAAAAAAUUAAAAGGAGGUUAG